AUGACAAUGAAGCUUUCCCUUCAGCAGCAGCAGCAGCAGCAGCAGCAGCAAAAACAGCAGCAGCAGCAGCAGCAGCAGCAAAAACAGCAGCAGCAGCAGCAGCAGAUGGAGGAGGGGCAACGUCAGCCCCAGACCAACCCUCCUCCUCAUCACCAACUGCAGCAGCACCACCAGCAGCAGCAACAGCAGCAGCAGCAGCAGCAGCAGCAGGAGCAGGAGGAAGGCCCACUGCAAUAG